AUGGUAAUACUUAAAAUUUUAUUUUAUUUUAUUCUAUUACGUUCGAUAGUCACUCAAUCGAAUAUUAAUCUGUAUCAUACAGAUUGGGUAAAUAAUAAUAAAAACGAUAUUGUUUUUCCACAUGAUUGCCUUCAUGUUAUUUCAUCGUUUAAAAAAGAAACUGAUCCUUAUCAAGUUGUUUCUUAUUGUCUAAAUGAAUUGCCAUCAAAAUGGAAUAUUCAAGAAAAUACUAUUGAUCAAAAAUUUACUUUUGCUGAACUUUAUCAACAAAAUAUUACUAGCCAACAAUUGUAUCUUUGGUCAGCACCAAUAGAUGUGAUUGAACAGUAUCAAUUAUAUUUAAAUGAACGUUUAUCUACAAGAGAAUUUCAAUUCUUUUAUAAUUGUACAUUACCAAGAUUUGGUCCACAAUGUCAAUACUCAUUAGAUAUUUAUCAAUCUUAUAAUUUAUCGUUGAAUGAAAUGAUUUCGGACUUCUAUCAACAUGAAUAUGAUCCUAUAAAUUUAACAUGUUAUAUUCAUUUAGAAUGUAAUCGUGGUUCUAAAUCAGCAUGUCUUGAUUGGAGCGAAAUAUGUGAUGGAACUGUUGAUUGUUUAAAUGAUGGAAUCGAUGAAAAAAAUUGUUGGCAAUUAGAAAUGAAUGAAUGUCAAGAAAAUGAAUAUCGAUGUCAUAAUGGUCAAUGUAUAUCUAGAAUAUUCCAUCAUGAUAAUCCAAAUAAUUAUGAAUGUCUUGAUCGUUCAGAUGAAAAUCAAGAUACAACAACGCCAUAUCGAUGGCCUAGUACUGAACCAAUAUUCACUAAUGAAGAUAUUAUAUGUCCAUUACGUUUCUAUUUAUUUAAUAUAAGAUUCACAAGUUCAUGUGUACCAAAACGUAACAAUCUUUUAAAAGAUAUGUUAUUUUUAGAUACUCCAAAUUUAUUAUCUGAUAUAUGUUGGUUAGCAUUUAAGUGCCAUUAUGGAAUCCCAAAUUCAUUUGAUCCAAAAUGUAAUCAUAUCUGUGUUAAUAAAGCAUGCAAACAAAUAAUUAAUGAAACAUGUCCAGAUUUAUUAAUUAUACCUACUGGAGCUCUUGCUUUUGGUCAUAUCUAUUUUGCUUAUCAAAAAGAAAUUAUUGUGAAUUCAAUUAAUUCUUUAUACCCGCAAUAUAUUUGUUAUAAUGAUCAACUUUGUAAUGGAUUUUAUUCUAAUAGAACAGUAUUUAUAAUAAAUAAUUCUACAUGUCGUCGUCCACAAGAUUUUCCUGUUACAUUUCAACAAGGUGGAAGAUUUAGCUUGAUUGAUCAACUUGUUAAACCAUUGUAUACUCAUCUUUAUCAAUGUAAUACAAUUAUUUAUAACAAUUUCUCUGCAUGUAAUGAUAGUUCAACUAUGUACAGAUGUAUGAAUUCGUCAAAGUGUAUUUCACGACAUCGUCUUUGUGAUGGUAAAAAUGAUUGUAGUUAUAACGAUGAUGAAAACUGUCCUUUAAUUAAUGAAACUUGUUCAACAUUAACAUCGGAAACACUUUUUAAAUGUACAGCAAAGGAUAAAUGUAUUUCUUCUCAAUUAGUUAGAGAUGGUAAAUGUGAUUGUGGUAUUGACGACUAUGGUCUUUGUCCUGAUGAAGAUAUAGAUGAUUACUCUAUUAGAAAAUAUAUAUCAUUUCCAAUUAUUUGUGAUGGUUUUACUGAAUUAGAACCUAUUAUGAUUGAUGGAAAAAAUGAAACCGAUGAAACAGAAUGUGAAUAUUGGCAAUGUAAUAAUACUUAUACUCGUUGUGAUGGAUUUUGGAAUUGUCUUAAUGGAGCUGAUGAAGUUGAUUGUGAUUCAUCACCAUUAUUAAACUGUCCGCCUCUUCAUCACCCAUGUAUUUCAUUUGAUACACAUCAACUUACAUGUUUACCUAUCAAACAAGCUAAUGAUGGUCAUAUUGAUUGUGUUGGUGCUACGGAUGAACCAAAAUUAUGUCGUUCAAAUAAUUUUCUACCAACAUUUACGAAUUUCUAUUGCAAACAGAAUUUUACCAACUCUUGUAUAUCGAUUUCAAGCAUAUGUAAUGAUUAUCACGAACAAUGUAGUCAUAAAAAUGAUUUCUUAUGUGUUCAGAUCCCAAAUAGCAAUGAACACGAUAGUAUUUGUAAUGGUCAUUAUGAAUCCAGACAUACAAAUGCUCAAAAGUUUCUUUGUAAAUACUCUGAAGUUUUACAAAAACCGUUAGUGACAUAUUUUUCAAUUGACAAAAUAAAACCAUCAAGUCAACAAUUAUCUAUUCAACAAAAAAAGAUACGUUCUUCUUUCGAUUCAUCCAUUUCUCAAUACAAUCAACGUUGUCAUCGUGGUCUACCUUUACGUGUUUGGUUGAAUAAUGAUAAAAAUUUAACUGUUACAACAUGUCUUUGUCCACCUAGUUUCUAUGGUCAUCUAUGCCAAUAUCAAAAUCAACGCAUUAGUCUUACUGUGCAAUUUCAAACAUUUUCUCAUUCUAGACAAACAUUAUUUGCUAUUAUUAUUUUACUUAUUGAUGAUAGUAAUGAACGAAUUAUUCAUUCCUCUCAACAACUUACUUAUCUUAGUGCACAACAUUGUCAAAGAAAAUUUAAUCUUUACUUACUUUAUUCACAACGACCAAAAAAUCAAACAAAACAAUAUUCAAUUCAUAUUGAUAUUUAUAGAAAAAAUUCAUUUACAUAUCGUGGAAGUUUAUUGAUUCCAUUAAAUUAUCCUUUUUUACCAGUACAUCGUAUUUCUGUACAGUUGAAUAUUCCACGUAUAGAUGAGAAUAGACAAGACUGUAUAGAUCAUCGAUGUAUACAUGGUCAAUGUAUGCGAUAUUCAGAUGAUUCGAAAGGUAAUUCAUUUUGUCGUUGUAAUCAUGGGUGGUCUGGAAAAUAUUGUACCAUUUCACAUACAUGUAUGUGUUCAUCUGAUUCAUUAUGUAUUGGUGUAUUACCUAACAAUCGAUCAAUUUGUAUUUGUCCUCUCAAUCGAUGGGGUUCUCGUUGUCUACUUUCAGAUAUAGUAUGUCAAUCAAAUAAAACUUCUCCAUGUAAUAAUAGUGGUCAAUGUGUAGCUACCGAUGAGCAAAUGAUAUCUGAUAAGAAAUUCUUUUGUAUUUGUCCAAAAGGAUUUAGUGGAGAACGAUGUGAGAUAGCUGAUAGUAAAAUUAUCGUUACAUUUCAUAAAGAUAUGAUCUUACCUUCGUCAAUAUUGAUUCAUUUCAUUCAAGUGAUGAAUAAUAGUCUGCCUGAAAAUGGUUCUACUUUUAAAAAUAUUCCAAUCAAUCAUAAAUCAAUUAUUAUUCGUUGGUCACGUCCAUUUCAUAUUGCUUUUACUGAACUUUCUGAUAAUAACUACUAUUUAAUUACUGUUCAAAAGACAUAUCAUCCAUCAGCGAUCAUUUCAACAACAAUUAAUCCAUCAGAUCGGUGUAAACACAUUAAUGAACUAUUCAAUGAAACAGUUGUUAAACUUCAUCUUCUUCGUCGAAUAAAAUACUAUCAUGUACCGUGUCAACAACAACAACAUUCACCAGCAUUAUUAUGUUUUUAUGAUGAUAGCCAUUUUUGUUUAUGUAAUGAUUAUGGUAAAGAACGUGUUGCUAAUUGUUUUGAAUUUAACGCAUCAAUUGAACAUAAUUGUUUUGGUCAAAGUAAUUGUGAAAAUGGUGCACAAUGUUUACAAGAUAAAUAUAUUUGUCCACAAACAUCGAUAUGUAUUUGUCCGAAAUGUUUUUAUGGAAAACGAUGUCAAUUUAGUUCAAAUUUAUUUGGUUUAGCACUUGAUGGUAUUCUCGGUUAUCAUAUUCAACCAUAUAUUAACAUGAAACAUCAACCUCAUAUUGUGCAAGUUAGUGCAGCAUUGACAAUGAUCGUAAUUAUUGUAGGCUUUAUCAAUGGAUUUUUUAUGUUCAUUACAUUUAAGAAUAAAGAAUUACGUAAAACUGGCUCUGGUCUAUACCUUCUGACUUCGUCAAUGACUACUCUAUGUACAGUAAUUAUAUUCGCUUUUAAAUUUUGGGUACUGAUCAUUGCACAGAUAACAUAUAUGACAAGUCGAUCGUUUCUAUAUUUUCAAUGUAUGUCAUUUGAUUUUUUACUUCGAAUUAAUCUUAAUAUGGAUCAAUGGUUAACUGCAUGUGUAUCUUUAGAACGAGCAAUUACUACAAUAAAAGGCCCGCAUUUCGAUAAACAAAAAAGUAAACAAACAGCUAAAUAUAUCAUUCUUUUUCUCUUUAUUAUUCUUACUAUGACAACAAUUCAUGAUCCUAUUCAUCGACAUCUAUUAGAUGAUAUUGAUUAUGAUGAUGAGAAAAGAAUUUGGUGUAUUAUUACCUAUUCAUCUAGUUUACACAUAUAUGAUUUAUUGAUUAAUAGUUUUCAUUUUUUUAUUCCAUUUCUCAUUAAUUUUAUUUCGGCAAUAAUUAUCAUUAAAAAAACUGCUCAAUAUCGUACAAGAAGUCAAAAUAAUAAACACUUUCUAAUGCAAUUACGUAAACAACUACGUCGAUACAAUCAUUUACUUAUUGCACCAUUUGUUUUAGUCAUACUUGCUUUACCACGUUUAAUUAUUUCAUUCGCAUCAGGUUGUAUGAAAUCGGGUCAAGAUUCUUGGUUAUUUCUUACUGGAUAUUUUAUUUCAUUUAUUCCCAGUACAAUUACUUUUAUGGUCUUUGUUUUACCAUCAAAAAUUUAUAGACAAGAAUUUAUCAAAUCUAUUAAAAAAUAUCAACUAAAUAUCAAACGACGAAUACAUCCUAUUUUCUAA